UCCGUCACCGAGGGAGGAGGGGGGACACAGAGGCACAACGCAGGUUAAGGAUCGGAACUCUGCGCAGCCCCCCCGGGUGGCUCUGAGCUGGCGGUUGUUUGACAACUUGACCUCAUUCAAAAGUCCGAACCACCCCCUCCUUUCUCUCGUCGCAAACGUUCCAACAUCUAUAUCAACGAUCUUGCAGCGGCCUCGGACAAACGCGUCAACGCGACGACUGACUACUCAAUCACACUCAUCCACUCCUUCUGCCUCAAUCACAUCACACAAGAUGGUCUUUGUAUCGCCGAAAUGGGUCCCUCAGUUGCCCAUGGACCCACCGGACUCGAUCACCAUUGCCGAGUUCAUGAGCAAUGAAAAGUACGGCCGCUAUCCUCUCACAGAGGCCAGAAGUCCAUACACUUGCGGUCUGUCGGGCAAGUCGUACACGGCGUCCGAGGUGAAGCAGCGAACAGACUCCUUGGCCAAAGCAAUUUCAAAGAGGCUCGAUUUCGCGCCGAGCGAGGGCACGGAAUGGGACAAAGUCGUUGCGCUCUUCUCGCUCAACACAAUUGACUACAUCCCCUUCACUCAUGCCAUCCACCGGUUGUCGGGCAUCGUCACCCCCGCCAGUGCCGCGUACUCGGCCCAAGAACUCGAGCACCAGCUUCGCUCCUCCAACGCGAAGGCUCUCUUCACCUGCAUUCCUCUGCUAGAAACCGCUCUCAAGGCCGCCAAGGCUGUCGGCCUUCCCGAUGACCGCAUCUUUUUGUUGCCGGUCCCAGGCGUCAGUCAAAAAACACCCUACGUCUCCCUCGAUGGCCUGAUUCAAGAAGGCAAUUCUCUACCGGAAUUGGAACCCUUGAAGUGGGUCAAGGGCCAGGGCGCGCGCCAGGUCGCCUAUUUGUGCUAUUCGAGUGGUACUUCCGGACUGCCAAAAGCCGUCAUGAUUUCGCACAGAAACGUCAUUGCCAACGUUCUUCAGUUCACGACAUACGAGUCCGUUGCCAGAAAAGAACUGGGCAUCAAGACACAAGCAGCCUUGGGUCUGUUGCCCUUUAGCCAUAUCUACGGACUGGUUGUCAUUGCACACUGCGGCACCUGGCGCGGGGAUGGCAUCAUUGUGCUGCCCAAGUUUGAGCUUAAGCAAUUCCUCGAGUCCGUCCAGAAGUUCAAGAUCAACUGCCUCCCAGUGGUUCCCCCAAUUGUCAUUCAAAUUAUCCGCAACCAGGAGCUUUGCAACAAUUACGACCUCACGAGCGUGCGCUUCGUCUACACCGGCGCAGCACCCCUUGGAGCGGAGACUGUGGAGGACCUCAGGAAGCAGUACCCCAAGUGGCACGUGGGUCAAGGCUACGGAAUGACCGAGACCAGCACCGUUGUGUGCACAACCUCCGAGAUCGAUAUCGAUGUCGGAUCGUCGGGCUCUCUCGUCCCGGGUGCCCGCGGCAAGAUCGUCGACCCGACGACCGGCGAGGAGAUCACCGAGUACAACAAACCCGGCGAGCUCCUCGUACAGUCCCCCUCGGUCGUCCUGGGCUACCUCCACAACGAGCGGGCCAACGCCGAGACAUUCGUGUGGCACGAAGACGGCCGUUGGAUCCGCACGGGCGACGAGGUCCUCGUACGCAAGUCGGCGGCGGGAAACGAGCAUCUUGUCAUCGUCGACCGCAUCAAGGAGCUCAUCAAGGUCAAGGGCCACCAGGUGGCGCCGGCCGAGCUCGAGGCGCAUCUUCUCACUCACCCGGCCGUGUCGGACACAGCUGUCAUUCAAGUGCCAGACGACCGCGCCGGCGAGGUGCCCAAGGCCUACGUCGUCCGCGCCGCCGGCUACGAGAGCAAGCCCGAGGCCGAGGUCGCGGCCGACAUCAGCAAGUAUGUUGAGGAGCACAAGGCGCGGCAUAAGUGGCUCAAGGGCGGCGUGGAGUUCGUCGACAUCAUCCCCAAGAGCCCCAGCGGCAAGAUUCUCCGUCGUCUCCUCCGUGACCGCGAAAAGGAGACCAGGAGGGCCAAGGGGGCGAAGCUCUGAGCACAAAACGUACCCGAGGGUUUGUUGGCCAAUUUGUGUGUGUGUGUGUGUGUGUGUGUGUGUAUACAACUUCGGCUGGCGGGUUUAGAUGGGCGGGAUGGAUACGAGAGGCUGCUGGCAUUAGACGAUCGAGUUCGGGCGCAUGUACGACGUAUGCCACGCAACGCUCAUAUUUAGCGAUUUCUAUUCU